AUGUUCAGUAACAGACCUAUUUUCUGGAGUAUUGGAAUUGUUAUCGGUAUGGUUUUGGUAGUGAUUGGAGGUAUACUGAUCCCAGUUGGGGAUAAGAUUAUCCGAGAUACUAUAAAUAAGGAAGGUGUUAUUGAAGAAGGCACCCUUGCAUAUGAAAACUGGAUACAAACUGGAAGCCCUGUCUACAGGCAGUUCUGGCUUUUUAAUGUGAAGAAUCCAUCAGAAAUUAUGAAUCUUGGAGCUAAACCUGUGGUUGAACAAAAGGGACCCUAUACCUACAGGGUACGGCAACUCCCAAAGGGCAACAUUACUGUAAAUGAUAAUUACACAAUAUCAUACCAACAGCCUUUUUCAGCAGUAUUUGAGCCUAACAUGUCUGCUGGCUCAGAAGUGGACAGAAUCACAGCCCUCAACCUUGCUGCUGCAGCCUUACCAUCUUUACUUCCUGUUGAAAGUCAUGGUUUUGUCAAUCUUUUCUUGAAACUGGCAAAGGCCUCUUUGUUCCAGAAUAGAACAGUGGGUGAAUUACUCUGGGGAUAUGAAGAUCCAAUACUGAAACUGGCAAAUUACAAAGACACGAUUACUGGUAUAUUUUACCCAUACAAUGGAACAUCGGAUGGAAUUUAUAACGUGUACACAGGAAAAGAUGACAUUAGCAAAGUUGCAAUCAUUGACCGCUGGAUGUACAAGAAAAAACUGACUUUCUGGAAUGAUUCAUUCUGUGAUAUGAUCAAUGGCACAGAUGCAAGCUCAUUUCCACCAUUUGUUCAUGAUAAGGAGAAAUUAUAUUUUUUCUCGUCUGACAUUUGCAGAUCUAUCUUUGCAGAAUAUGAACAAAAGAUAAUUCUGAAGAGCAUUCCUGUUCGUCGUUUUGUUGUUCCUCCUCUAGCUCUUGGAUCUUCUGUUGACAAUCCUGACAAUCACUGUUACUGCAAAGAUAUGAGCGUUUCAGAAAAUUGCACCUUUGGAGGAAUCCUUGGUAUUAGUGUUUGCAAAGAGGGCAAACCUAUUUAUAUUUCACUCCCUCACUUUUUAUAUGCAAGUGAUGAAAUUGUGAACGCGAUUGAUGGGCUAAAUCCCAAUAAGGAAGAACACCAAACCUAUCUGGAUGUGGAACCUAUCACUGGAUUUACUUUGAGAGUUGCUAAACGAAUACAAAUCAACUUAAUGUUUAAACCAUCAAAGAAAAUUGGCAUAUUAAAGAAUAUUAAGAAGCCAACAUAUUUUCCACUUGUUUGGCUCAAUGAGACAGGAACUCUUGAUGAUGAAACAGCAAACAUGUUCAGAAAUUCUCUAACAACACCCAUGACAACACUUGGUAUUGUUCAGUUAACCCUGAUGUGUAUUGGAUGUGUGAUGAUCAUUGCAUGCAUGAUUGCUUUGUGUCAAACCUCAAGCACCAAAAAGGCAAUCAAUAAACCUACUGAUACAGCUAUUAUUACAAUAAGAUGA